CUUUUCUCCAAAAUCCAUGACGCAGCACCCUGACGCAUGACUCGUCGUCACUCUUUCAUCUGAAGUAAGCGGCAUUCUGGCUCUUUGGAUCUGUGGCAUUACUGGAUCAUCGGAUCUUUCUUGUUUCUUUGCUGCUCAUCAUUCAUUGAGAGUGCUGGUAGCCAAUUGCAACCAUACCACCAGCAGUCUAUCUGUAUACAUACAUCUCGAAUAAUAAUGGACAGCAGUAUCAGCAGCAGCAGCCUGGAGGAUGAACUAGCCGAGUUGGCGCAAUCGUUGAAAGGCGGCGUGGAGAUUUGCGACCGUAAAUGGCGCACCAAGACGUAUCCCGAUUGUUUCUUGCACUCGGACGCUGUGAGCUGGAUGAUGCGCACAGUGACGGGUGGCAGUGAAGAUGCCGCCGUGACCAAAUUGAAUGCGCUCCGCGAGUGCGGCUAUAUUCAACACGUCGUGGAUCCCAACAAACCAUUCAAAGCCCGCCAAACAAAAAUGUUGUAUUUUUGUUUUGUCCAAGACAAGCAAGUGGCCCGCGCACGAUGGCAAGUGGCAAAGAUCCAAUUGGCCAAUCGACAAGGGACCAAGACCAUGACAGCGGGCAAACAGUUGAAACGAAGAGACGUCGAGACUAUUUGGCAAGGAUCCGACGAAUGGGUGUCGCACAAAACACGCGUCGAUCGAAUGGAAGAUUCCAUUUUGAAAUUGACCGAAACACAAGUGGCCGUGCAGACCAAACUGGAAAUUGUCCAUCAAGCCACGAUUUCACUCAUACAGACCGUGGCAGCCACGGCGCUCUUAUUGCUCAUACUACUGGCAUAUACACUCCUCGUCAUUAUUCCAUCGCUGCAUCAGACCACGGGCAUUGUCGUCCUCACGGCCAUUACUGGUACGGUCCUCAUUGGCGCCUUUGUGCGGCAAGGUAGAGACCUGUUCUCGGUAUGGUUGGCGCUCGAUUCUUGUGUCGUACAAGCAUCUCAAGGAACCGAUGCUGUGGAAGAUUACGAAGUGGCAUUGACCCGCGACUUUCCGCUGGACAACGACGACGACCAACCGUUCAAUCCCCGAAAAUCGAGACGGGCCAUGAUGCGCAAAGCCAGAAGCAGCAUUAUACUCAAAGAACCUCUAUUGGUGCGAGCACAAUCCUCUCAUUUGAAGUUGGUCCAGAAAGUUCAGCAGCGGCAACCCAAUGAUCUUCCGGAUCCGUCUCUGUGGCCGCAUCGGCCCGUCUUUUGUUGUGUCAAUACACCCGUCGAUCCCAGCCUUUUUGUGCCCGAAUACCAACUAGGAGCACUGCCCUUGGGGCAACCAUUUCGAUUUUCCUCCGAUCUAUUCGAAGGGCAGUGUUUGAUUCGACUCAAACACGUCCCUCACAGUGACAAUCCGGAAGGAGACGCGGCCUACUUUAAUGGACGACGUCGACUCUUUCAGACGGUCGUUCAGGGACGAUUCAAAGAACCAUUGCCGCUCAACAAUGUUUUGACUGGACACGAAUUUGUCAAACCAUUGCAAAAUUUACCACAUCCGUGGAUCUUGAAAGCGGCCACCAAUUUGAUUGGAAAACUGGCACCGGGAGCCGAAAUACAAGUUGUGGGGAGUGAACCCACCAUGUUGGCCAGUAUGGCCGCCACGUCCCAAGUCGUACGAGGAGACGAACCCGGAAAUGAACCGGAUAUUUGUAGCUCGGCGGAUCUCAAGGAAGAUUGUUCCUGUUUUGGGGGGAAAUUCAGUACGGGCAAAAUCAGUACCGCCGGUCGCAAACUCCAUUUGGCCAGUCCCACACGGGCGGCACAGUACAACUUUGAUACCGAAACGGUAUACACAUUUGACUUUUAUCAAUCAUUAUUGAAUGUGGCAACCUACUCGUUGGAUUUGGGAGUUGCCAAUGUCGGCAUGGCACCCGUGCUCAAUGGACAACCCAUUCAAUGUCUCUGCAAGACUUCCGAUGGACGCUAUCUGUGGUCCUUUCAAAUCUGGCACGAGAGUCUCUUGCCCGAUCCUGAGGACGACGAGCAAGACAAAAAGUCGAGAUAAGCCAGCCAAGAGACAGAGGACGCGUCAGCUCGGAGUUGGCACGAAAGAUGCAACAAGAAUGCCAUGAAACAAGGUGGAGGCAAAUGUGCGAAGAGAUGUACUGUACUAGCUAGUAGUGUUUCAACCCCAAACUCUACUAGUAGUACCAUAUGUAUUCAUUACUGGGCUUUGCAGCUGCUAUGCAUACGGGCGGCUGUACGGUAUCGUUGACAUAUUGCGAGGCUACUGUACCGGUUAAAGCACGUGGGGAACUUUCAAGUCGAGCCGAUGCCGCCAGUCGAACCACUGUUGCAACCACUCAAUCCCCUGUGACUUGAAAAUUGGAAUUCUGGCGCGGUCACUAUCAUUGAGAGACAACCUCAUGCACAUCUAUCGUCAAUUCAUUCAUCCCUUGCUUUGAU